CCCAGUGCCUCCCAGUGCCCCCCAGUGCCCCUCCUCCUCCUCCUCCUCCCCGGGGCCACCGCACAUCCCUUCCCGCGGGACCUGGUGGCUCGGAGCACCGUGGGGCUGCCAGCCACGGCCUCGUACCCCCGCUUUGGGGGGCUCCGGGGGGACAACGGCACCGCCCGGCUCGGCCUCGACUUCCAGCGCAUGUUGCUGCUCAACGGGACCCUGUUCGUGGCCGCCCGGGAUCACAUCUACGCCUUCGAGCUGGGGCGGGACCGGGGGACGCUGUACCCGGAGCGGCACCUCACCUGGGAGCCGCGGGACAGGGAGAACUGCGCCAUGCGGGGCCGGCGCCAGGAUGAGUGUCACAACUACAUCCGGGUGCUGGUCCCCCGGGACCCCGAGACCCUCCUGGCCUGUGGCACCAACGCCUUCAGCCCCCUGUGCCGCACCUACCAGGUGAGCAGCCUGGCUCAGGUGGGCGAGGACGUGAGUGGCCAGGCCCGGUGCCCCUUCGACGCCAAGCAGAGCAUCGUCGCCCUGUUCGUCGAUGGCAGCCUGUACUCGGCCACGGUGGCCGAUUUCCAGGCGAGUGACGCCGUGAUCUACCGCAGCCUGAGCCCCGGCAGGGCCCCCCUGCGCACCCUCAAAUACAGCUCCCGCUGGCUCCAGGAGCCCCACUUCGUGCAGGUGCUGCCCUACGGCCCCUACGUCUACUUCUUCUUCAGGGAGGUGGCGGUGGAGCUCAGCGCCCUGGGCAAGGUGCUGGUGGCGCGGGUGGGCCGCGUGUGCCGCAAUGACCGCGGCGGGUCCCCGCGGGUGCUGGAGCGGCGCUGGACGUCGUUCCUGAAGCUGCGGCUGCACUGCUCCGUGCCCGGAGACACCGUCUUCUACUUCGACGUCCUGGAGGCCGUGACGCCCCCCCGGACCCUGCACGGCCGCCCCGCCGUCCUCGCCCUCUUCGGCACCCAGCCCAACAGCAUUCCCGGCUCAGCCGUGUGCGCCUUCUACCUGGCCGACGUGGAGAGAUCCUUCGAGGGGCCCUUCGCUGAGCCCCGGGGGGCUUCCUGGACCCCCGUGCCUGAGGACAGGGUCCCUCAGCCCAGGCCGGGCUGUUGUGCCGGGAUGGGACCUGCCAGCGGCGUUGUCACCUCUGGGGACUUCCCCGACGAGACUCUGGUGUUCGCCAAGGAGCACCCGCUGCUCCACGGGGCACUGGCACCCGCCGGAGGGAGGCCCCUCUUCACCCGCACCGGCACCAGGCUGACCCAGCUGGCCGUGGACGCGGGCGCGGGGCCCCGCGGGGACCACACCGUGCUCUUCCUCGGCGCCGAGGACGGGCGGGUGCUGAAGGUCCUGGUGGCCACGAGGAGCCCCGAGACCACCGAGCCCCCUGCGGGCACCGUGGGCCCUGGGGACACCCCCGGGGCUGGGGACAGCAGGGACAGGACGCUGCUGCUGGAGGAGAUCAGCCUCUACGAGCCCGGGCGGUGCCGGGCCCCGGGGGUCUCGGGGGUCCCCAGCCGGGUGCUGGGGCUGGAGCUGCACCCCCCGGGCCGGGAGCUGCUCGUGGCCUUCGCCGGGUGCCUCGUGCGGGUGCCCCUGAGCCGCUGCCGCCGCCACGGCUCCUGCCGCAGGAGCUGCCUGGCUGCCCGGGACCCCUACUGUGUCUGGCUGCCCCCCCAGGGCUGCGUCCCCUUCUCCGAGGACCUCCCGAGUGGCUUCCAGCAGGACGUGGAGGGAUCCCUCGGGAUCAGCGGGACCUGCCAAGGUGAAGUGGGGGGGACGUGGGGGACACUGGGGGGGGGGGGGGACGAGGAAGGGGACCUGGCCCACGGGGUGCGGCGCCCCGGGCCGGGGGCCGCGCUGGCGGUGCCGCUGCCGGUGCUGGUGGGCUGCGUGCUGGGCGCCUUCGCCCUGGGGGCCCUGGGGGCCGGGCUGGUGGCCACCUGCUGCCACCGCCCCGCCGUCCCCAAGGCUCCCCCGGAGCCCCCGGCCCCGCGGACCCCCGCCCAGCCGCCCGUGCCCCGCCUGUACCCCGCGCUGCCCCGCGACCCCCCCGAGCUGCCCACCCCCGAGCCCACCCCGCAGCCCCCGGCCAAGACCCCCCGGGAGCGGGCACCGCCGGAGCCCCGACGCGGCCCCCAGAGCGCCCAGCUCGGCGGCCUGGGGUGCCCGGAGCCCCCCGGGCCGGGACCCCCGCCCAGGGCCGCGCGGGAGGAGCCGCUGCAGCGGCCGCACGGGGGUCCAGGGGGCGCGGGCUGGGCCGGGCCCCCCCCCAGCAGCGGCUCCUUCGCCAACCGGGUGCAGCCCCGAGCCCUGCUGGCCCUGGCCCCCCACGACAGGGCCCCCCUGCGCCUGGACGUGCCCCCCGACAGCCCCCCCCUCGAGCGCUCGCUGUCCAUGAAGCCCCCCGUGCUCCCCAAACCCCUCCUGCUGCCCGCGGCCCCCGGGAGGCCCUGA